CAUCACUCUCCCUAUCGCCGCCGCCAACACUCCCGCCGUCGCGACGUCCGCCCUCCGCCCUCUCCUUCCAUCUCGGUGCUAUCGGCGCGCAGCCCACCAUGGGUAUCUGGGACGCUUUCACGGGCAAGCCCAAGCAGACGGCGAGCGCCAGCUCAUCGGACGGUAUCCACGACCAAGCCGGCAACCAAAUAGCACAGCCGACCUUUACGACACCCACGGCAGAAGAUGUUGGCAGCUUCAUCAACACGCCCUCGUCGUUCGAUCCCGCAGCGCUUCAUCCCCUCGCCGGUCUCAACCAAGACACGCUCGAUUACCUUUCACUAGAAGACGACCUCCUUUCAGACAUACCCGGCAGUCAGUCAUUACUGCCAUCGCGAGGAUGGUCAGAUGACCUCUGUUAUGGAACAGGCGUGACAUAUUUGACGGGCUUGACAAUUGGAGGCGCGUGGGGUCUGCGGGAAGGACUCAGCAAGCUGCCUUCUACUGCCCCACCCAAGCUGAGACUCAACUCUGCACUGAACUCCAUAACAAGGAGAGGACCGUUCCUGGGUAAUUCAGCGGGCGUGGUGGCAAUGAUGUACAACGGCGUCAACAGCACAAUUGGCUACUAUCGCGGGAAACAUGAUGCGUUCAACAGCAUAGCAGCCGGCAGCAUCAGUGGGGCUGUUUUCAAGGCUACCAGGGGUGUGCGGCCAAUGAUGAUAUCUUCAGCGAUUGUCGGCUCAUUAGCCGGAACCUGGGCGCUGGUACGCAAGACAGUAUUUGAGGAGUAAUGCAUACAUACAAUAUUUUCAGGCGAGCGGACGAUUCCAAGAGGUGUACGAUUUGCAUGCGAACAUUCGGCAAGGGCGACUACGGCAGAGCGCUUCUUCCUUCCGACUUUCGCACGAUCCGCCAAAGGCGAGGUAGCGGCAGCAUACGAUAGAUUUUGUACAUCAGAUGGGCAUAGCGCGGCGCUGGGGCUCUGUGUAUAACAGCUAUCACCACUCUUCUUGCAAUCUGUGCGUAUCACGUCAUACUUUACGACGACUGACAGUCAAUAGUGCACAGUGGUCACAUCAUAACAGCCUUUCACUCUGCGCAAAAUUAUCGUGGCUCCUAAAUUUAUGCAUCAGCUGCUAAUCACCAAC